CUUAUGCAAAUUUCGCUUAAGUUUCACUCUUCUAUCGUUGAUACCUACUUCUUAGCUUAUCUUUGAAUUAAACUUCAAAUAUUCUGCUCUAAUGCUUUCUAUCGGCUGGUGGGUCGCUCUUAUAGUUAACGUUUCUCAUGCACAUUGGACACAAGACACAUAAAGUUUGAUUUAAUCUGUGUUGGGUAUAGAGGUUGAUGCAAUUCUCUUGAAUAUAUUAUUAAUUAUGCUUUGGUGGUUAGAUAUAUUUUUGUGUUUUCUGGCCUUCUCUGUGAGUGUUUUACCGGUUGUCUUAUAAGACUAUGGCUCCAAAAGGAAGAGUUACCAAUAUAGCAGUAGAAACCAGAGAAACUCAGAUAAUCUAUUUCUUACUGAUCAAGGCCACAUAGAGAGAAGUCUAAUGGGAAAGCAGGGUUCUCUCAGAAACCCACGUCUUCCUUUGGAAAAUGUAAAGCUACCUUUAGGGAUGACUAACUGCCAGAGUAGAUACUCAGAAAACUUAUCAGGCAGGGAGAAUAAUUUUGGAAGGAGACCAUUUGGGGGAGAUUAUGUAUGGAGCAAAUCAGUUUUGCUUAAUGAGCUGAAGAAUGAUACUGCAAAAGUUGGUGCAUCUAAGGGAAACUGUAGUGCAAAAAGGCAGAUAUGUCGUUAUAAGUAUAUGUGGUUGAUUGCGGUUGUUUUUGGAUUGAUGGGUUCCCUUUUCCUGCUUGAUUCCCUUAUGCUCUCUAUUAUUCGUUCUAUGAAUCUUCAGAAUAGUUCCUCUCAGAGAAAACAAAACAGGGUUGAGGACAAGAGGGGUGAAUUUGUCAAGGAAGAAAAAACUCCCAUACUGAUGUAUGGCAGGCUUCUAAAUUUGGCUUCCAGUGUGCUUUCAGAGAAAGAGUUGAUGCAUGAUUCAUCAACAAUGUGGGAGGAACCAUAUAAACAGGCGUCCGCAUGGAAACCUUGUGCAGAUAAAACUAGUACCUUACACCAAGGUAAGCACUCUGGAAGCACGGGCUUUAUAUUGGUAAGCGCAAAUGGUGGUCUCAAUCAACAACGAGUUGCUGUUUGCAAUGCUGUUGUUAUGGCGUCUCUUCUUAAUGCAACUUUAGUAAUUCCUAAGUUUCUCUAUAGCAAUGUAUGGAAGGAUCCCAGCCAAUUUGGUGAUAUUUAUCAAGAGGAGUAUUUCAUGAAUCUUUUGAAGGAUGAAGUGAAUAUUCUGAAGGAACUUCCUUAUAAUCUUCAGUCAGUAGAUAUUGAGGCCAUUGGUGGUUUGAUUACCGAUGCAGAUAUUAGCAAGGAAGCAACACCCAUUGAGUUUAUUGAGACUGUACUCCCCCUCCUACGACGGAAUGGACUUGUUCACUUCCUUGGAUUUGGCAAUCGACUUGGAUUUGAUCCAUUACCUUUUGAGCUUCAGAGAUUAAGAUGCAAAUGUAACUUCCAUGCUUUGAAGUUUGUGGCCAAAAUUCAAGAAGUUGGUUCUUUAUUGGUUAGAAGGCUACGGAAAUAUGAUUUUGCCCUGGGUCAGAUAGAUAGACAACUUCUUGGAAACUUCAUACCCAACAAUCCAUCUAAACAGCAACAAGCUUCAACGUCUCAAACGAAGUAUCUUGCUUUGCACUUGAGAUUUGAAAUUGACAUGGUAGCAUACUCUCUCUGUGAGUUUGGAGGAGGAGAGAAUGAGAGAAAGGAACUCCAAGCAUACAGGGAAAAUCACUUUCCCUUGCUUAUUGAGAGGUUGAAAAAGACCAAGUUGGUUUCUCCAGCAGACCUCAGAAAAUUUGGCAGAUGUCCAUUAACACCAGAAGAAGCUGCGCUUGUGCUUUCUGGCCUUGGUUUCAGACGUGGGACCUACAUCUAUCUUGCUGGAUCUCAUGUAUAUGGAGGAAAAUCAAGGAUGCAACCCUUUGCUAGCCUGUACCCCAACUUGGUUACAAAGGAACAUCUCCUAACACCACUUGAGCUUGCACCAUUCAGGAAUUUCUCUUCUCAGCUAGCUGCCCUGGAUUUUGUUGUUUGUGCAACUGCCGAUGUGUUUGCAAUGACUGAUUCAGGGAGUCAGCUCUCAUCUCUUGUGUCUGGAUACCGGGUUUACCAUGGUGGUGGUCAUGCUCCAACCUUGCGGCCCAACAAGAAGAGGCUUUCAGCCAUUUUGUCCGAGAAUGGUACUAUAGGAUGGAGAAGGUUUGAAGAGAGAGUAAGAAAGAUGAUCAAAGAAGAUCAAAGAGUACGUGCAAGAGUUUUUGGUCGAAGCAUUUAUCGGCAACCAAGGUCCCCAGAGUGCAUGUGCAAGGCCACCUAACAGUGCUCACUCCUACACAUGACCAAGUCAUUUUCAUGUUUUCUUCCAGAGGCAUUCUAUUCAUUCAUUAUUUUGUGACAACUGAUGUUAUUGCCCUUGUCCCACAUAUCAGACACAAUUCCCUGAAAUCAUCAGAUUCCAGACAAAGCUGGUUAAAGAACCAGGACUAUCUCAUCUAUCUGCCACACUCCUCUUUUUCCCCCUGGUAGAGCUGUAUUUGUUAUAACAUUGAUCAAUGCAUAUAAUGAAUAGAUCUGUGUAUCACAAAGAGUUGUUACAGCAAAACAUGGAUCAAUACAAAAAUUUAUUUCUUAA